AUGGCAACUACUAAAGUCUUGUGUUUGCAUGGAUUCCUUCAAAACGGGAAAGUCUUUUCUGAGAAAUCUUCAGGUAUCAGAAAGCUAUUGAAAAAAUCAAAUAUCCAACUAGAUUAUAUCGAUGGUCCAACUAUUUUAGAAAAGAAGGAUUUACCUUUUGAAAUUGAUGAUGCCAAAUGGCAAGAGAUUUUAGAUGCCUCUUUGAAUAAAGCUUGGUUUUAUCAUGAUGAUAUCUCUAAAAACUUGGAUUUAACUGAAGCUAUUAAAACUGUUGUUAAUCAUAUUAAAGAAAACGGUCCAUAUGAUGGUAUCUUGGGUUUCAGUCAAGGUGCUGCAGUUUCCACCAUCAUUGCAAACACUAUCAAACAACUAAUUCCAGAACAUGAUUAUUUUAAAUUCUCAAUCACAUUUUCAGGUUAUUCAUUCACUGAGCCAAAACCUGAUAAUGAAAAUGAAUUACAAAUCACUGAAAAAUUCCAAUCAAGUUUUAAAGUUCCUGAAGAUUUAUCAACUAAAUGUAUUUUCGUCUAUGGUUUAGGUGAUCAAGCUGUCCCUGCUGUUAGAUCAAAAUAUCUUGCUGGAUUAUACCCUGAACACAUUAAAAAAGUUUUCGAACAUGAAGGUGGUCAUAUGGUUCCAAACAAAAAAGAUUUCUUGAAGCCUAUUGUUGAUGAGAUUAAUGAAUCAUUAAAAUAG